AUGUCUCAGUCCAGUCCAGACCAGGCAGAAUUUUAUGAAGUCAGCUUAGAAUCAAACUGGGCUGACAAUCCAAAAGGAGCAUCUGUCAGCGCCUAUGGUGCCACCGGAAGUCCAAUAAUAUUACUCUUCAUGUUUACAGAUUCUGUCCUGAAGAAGUUAGGAAACAAAUUUGGAACUCAGCAUUUCCAUCUAAGACAGGAAAUGAAAACAGAGGAAAUUAUGAUGAAAGCACAGUUUGAAUGUUACCAGAAAUUUAUACAAGUUCCUGUGCAUGAGAAUACAGGUUCUUACUGCAAUAGAACAUGGGAUGGCUGGUUAUGCUGGGAUGACACUCCUGCAGGAGAAACAGCCACACAGAAUUGUCCACCUUAUUUUCAGGAUUUUGACUAUCUGGAAAAAGCAUUUAAAAUCUGUGAAGAAAAUGGACAUUGGUUUGUACACCCCGAGAGCAAGAGACAAUGGACAAAUUACACCCUCUGCUCUGGAAAUUACCAGGAUGUGAAGUCAUCUUGGAAUGCCUACUACAUUGCUAUUACUGGCCUUAGCCUUUCCUUUGUUUCGCUGUUGAUUUCCCUUGGCAUAUUCCUCUGCUUUAAGAGCUUGAGUUGCCCAAGGGUCAGUUUGCAUAAGAAUCUCUUUUUUAGUUUUAUUUGCAACUGUGUUAUGUCACUGACUCUUCUGGGAGGAAUUGUCCAGCAGCACAGACUGGUUGCAACUCCUCCAGUAUGUAAAGUGCUUCAAAUCUCCCAGCUCUAUUUUUUUCUUUGCAACUUCUUCUGGAUGAUGUCUGAAGGAAUUUACCUCUACAUUGUCACUGUGGUAAAUGUAUUUGCAAAAAGACAGGCCUUGCGGUGGUAUUAUUUUCUUGGCUGGGGAGUCCCUUUAAUUCAUGUCUCUACAUAUGCUGUAGCCAGAAGCCUGUAUUUCAAUGAUUACUGCUGGUACACAACAGGUACUCUUUUAUCGUAUACCAUCGACGGGCCUAUCUACACUGUUCUCUUGACAUGA